CCCAGCGAAGAGGAGGGAGGAAGGCUGCGGCGGAGGCUUCAGGAGCGGAGAAGUACUCGGUGCUUCUUCCCACCUACAAUGAACGAGAGAACUUGCCUCUCAUCGUGUGGCUGUUGGUGAAGAGCUUCGAAGAAAGGUGAGAAAACUGACCCUGAAUGACUCAAUGAAUUAACUAAGAAGGCAAGCCUGCUUUAAUGUUGAAAGCAAAGGAGGAAUCAGAAGACCAAGGAAUUUCAAUACUAAUAUCAUCCAAUUAACUAUACAGCCUUGGAUAGUUCACCUUUGGUUAAGUGCUCAAUUUCCUCACCUGUAAAUUGAGAUUUGGACUAAAUGAAUUACAAGGCCCCUUUCAGCAAUACUUUUCUGUGAUUCAGGCAUUGGAAUCCAAGUCCUCUGAUUUCAGAUCUAAAUUUCUUUCCAUUAUACUGCAAUUCCUGGUGUCACAUGUGAUGACACUUAAUACAACACACAUUGGAAACAACUAUGAAAUUAUCGUCAUAGAUGAUGGAAGUCCAGAUGGAACCCAGGAAGUUGCUCAACAGUUGGAAAAGAUUUAUGGGUCAGAUAAAAUUCUUCUAAGGCCCAGAGCUAAAAAGCUAGGACUGGGAACAGCAUAUAUUCAUGGAAUGCAACAUGCUACAGGAAACUUCAUUAUUAUUAUGGAUGCUGAUCUCUCCCACCAUCCAAAAUUUAUUCCAGAGUUCAUUAGGAAGCAAAAAGAAGGUAAUUUUGACAUUGUUUCUGGAACUCGCUACAAAGGAAAUGGAGGUGUCUAUGGCUGGGAUUUGAAGAGAAAAAUUAUCAGCAGAGGAGCCAACUUCUUAACUCAAAUUUUGCUGAGGCCAGGAGUAUCAGACUUAACUGGAAGUUUCAGGUUAUACCGAAAGGAAGUUCUACAGAAAUUAAUGGAAAAAUGUGUUUCUAAAGGAUAUGUCUUCCAAAUGGAGAUGAUUGUUCGAGCUAGGCAACUAAAUUUUACCAUUGGAGAGGUUCCAAUCUCAUUUGUGGAUCGAGUUUAUGGUGAAUCCAAGCUGGGAGGAAAUGAAAUAGUCUCCUUUUUGAAAGGACUGUUGACUCUGUUUGCCACUACAUAAGAUGACACUAACCAUUUUAUAUUUAAAUUGUCAUGUUCAUUUCAUUUUAAACAUAAGACAAAAGACCUGGUUGCUGAUUUUUAAAUUGUACUCUUAAACCAUAAAGAGUAAGGUAAGGUAAAUUUCACAUACACCUUAAUUUUUUUUUCUGGAGGCCUAUGUAUUCCAAAAUAGAUUUCACAUCCAUGUAAAGAAAGAAGGAAUAUUCUCUAUGUCUGUUUACAGUUGUAAUAAGAUUUAUAAAUAAAUUUUAUAAGACUUUUGGUUUGGA